AUGGAGGACGCGGAGCCUCAGACACUGCCGGGAUUCGAAAAGGAAAUCACGGAGAACGUGGUUGAAUAUCUCAUAUUCUGCAUCGAACCAAAUUCUGAUGCACGAAAAGCACUCUCCCGGUUAGAAACAGUCCGUAAGGCGGCCAUACAGACCUGUCAGAGUCUGACUAAAGACUAUCUAUGGCAACGGGACGAGUUCAAUUUGGAGUUGAAGAACGAAGGAGGCUUAAUCUACCUUCGUGGAGCCACCGACUACGGCGAUGCCGUGGAAGAUGAGUGGUUGAUCGUUCACCUGCUCAGAGAACUUACACGAUCCCACCCCAACAUCUGGGUCCGGAUCUUCGACAGCGAUGGCGAAUUCCUCCUCGUCGAGGCUGCCAACGUCCUACCAAAAUGGCUGAGCCCCGAAAUCGACCAUAACCGGGUCUGGAUCCACGAUGGCAAGCUCUUCAUCAUCCCUUUCAAGGAACACUCUCCGGAGAUACCCCGCGCUCUGUCACUACCGCUAGCACUGGACUUUAUCAAAACCAAAAAGGGACAGCUUGUUCAUUCAGAAUUCAUUGAGUCAGAAGCCUUCUACAGACUUGAGAAAUACCCAGCCCAGAUCUCGCAAUCCCUCCACCACUCCCUGGUCACCAUCCCACGGAAACUCGCCUACAUUAUACACAAGAUCCCGAAAUCCGUACCGCCAGCCGUCGAGGCUUUCUACACCCGAGACGCCCUGGCGCUGAAACCAAUCCUAUCACCAUCACACACCUUCGUCUUCCCACCCGAGGAUUUCGUCACCGUCAGCGUCAAGUUCAGCAAAGUCCUCUUCGCCCAGCUCCGCUCUCAACGCUUCGAACCGCCCCCAAAGUGGCAAGCCCCAAUCCAAGCUCAGAGGAAGCAAGACACCACCGAGCAGGACCACUACGCACUAGACAACGGAACGAAACUAACCUGCGGGUUCGAGAUCCUCGCCGCCAAGGCCGCCCAGCACACCAGCAGGGUCGUGCGCGAGCUCGCCCUCGAACUCGAGGACCUGGAGGAGGACGGCGACGAGGUUCUGCCGUCAGACGACGACAUCAAGGGAUGGCCCGCCUUCGACCGGGCCGACCCCGAGGCCUGGCUGGACAUCAACUACGAGGACUUCGAGAACGAGCUCAGCGGCAAGAGGAAGGGCGAGGCAAAGGGGUCAUCUGAAGGGUUCGGCGACGCAGACGCGCAGGCCAAUCUGAGAAAGAUUGUCUCCCGGUUCGAAGCAUUCCUCAACGACGACCAGGCCGGCGUGGAUGGCGUCGAGCUGGAUGAAAUGGACGAGGAUGAUGAUGACCUCGACAGCGAGGAAGAUAGCGACGCCGAGGACAAAGAAGUCAGCUUUGACGAGGAAGAGUUUGCAAAGAUGAUGCGUGAGAUGAUGGGGUUGCCAUCUCCAGAGAUUCCCACGAAGAGCGGAACCAAAGCAGGCAAGGCCACCAAGAAAGCUGAUUUUGUGGAAUCCGAUGACGAGGAUGAAGAAAUCCGCCAGCUUGCGUCUGAGAUGGAGGCUGAGCUAAGUAAACAUGGCGUGCUGAAGUUGGACCCCCCAACGGAGAAGCGGGCACGCAUCCAGGACAAAGGGAAGGGCCCGAAAGAUGAUACCCAGGGUGCGGGCUCGACGAAUGCAGAGGAGGACAGUGACGAGGAAAUCCAAGUCGAUUACAACCUCGCUAAAAACAUCCUGGAGAGCUUCAAGAGCCAGGGCGGAAUGUCCGGCCCUACGAGCAACCUUCUCGGUAUGAUGGGUGUACAACUUCCAAGGGACGAGGAUGACGAAGCCGAGCAAGCAAAGCAGGAAGCAGGAAGCUCAUCACAUGAGAAGAGAUAG